CCCGCGUCCGUAUUGAUCCAAGAGCGCCGAGCAAGCCGCAGCUAUUUAUACGGUUACGUAUCAAUAUCCCGGUUUGGGGCACACUUAAACGAAGCAGCAGCCCUAAACGCAAGUAGAACAUUUCUGGCGUCACACGUAAAUCAUUUGAUGAGACUGGGUUAGAAGAAGAACAACCGAGAGAGAUAUUCACGGAAAGAUGGCGAUCUGCUAACCGGCAACAAGGCAUAAUAUCAAACGCAGACUGCACGAGCUGUUUUACAACAUCGACGCAACACUCGUCUCUUUGCAGGCAGCGGGAAGGAUCACCGGUGGAGCGUGUUUAUGUUACUUCGUACGGGACACAUUUAUUCACACUGGAAUCCUAACGUAAGGCUGUGAAUAUAUGCUAUAUCUCCCCUCCACUAUGUUCCAGGGCUUAUAAUUCGGGCCGAGUUAUGUGCAUGAAUAUGUAUUGCAGGUAACAAGGCGCUCAAGGUGGGAUCACUAUAGCUAUGUCAAGGUGACAAGAAUGGACAGCCUACUAAUUAUUCUCUUCUCAGCUGUUCUUGUCGAAAUAGUUGAGGGGAAACAAUGCUGGCACAGCAGCCAAGGCAGGACCAAGGUGUUCUACUGUGCCGACAGCCAGAUCUGUUGUGAUCAGACAUGCUGCAGCCUGAAUCAAGCCUUCUACAAGCUGUGGUACUUCUGGUUGACCGUGCUGCUGCUGUUACUGCUUUGUGUCGCCGGCAUCUACUGGAUCAGACGAAACUACAUCUACCACAAGCUCCUGGCACUGUCCGCCUGGAGCUCACAACACCUCGUUACAUCCUUAAAUCCAGGCAAUGUGACCACGGCACCCAAGAAGAAUACGCGUCCUAAAGUUCCUAAUGAGCUGAUACAUUUACCGCCCUACACCCCUCAAGAAAAACCUCCUCCAUAUACGGAAUACGACGUAGAAAGACCCCCGUUAUACAGCAGCACCGAUGUAGCUGAGGGGGAGAAAGCAUGCUUGGUGGAACAGCGGACAGAAUAACGAAUGUGAGCCGAAAUAACUGUAUUCGCGUGCAAGCAAAUCCCUAUACGAUUUCAGUGUUUGGGAAUACAAGUCCACUUCCUGAAACUGAAUGAAUCAAUCAUCAUAUGUUCAAGGGAAGCCGGGUUUUUUGUUGGAAGAGCAUGUAAUGCAAUAACGGAGGACAUAUUUUCGUCUGUUACGAAGUAUCGUGAAAUAUGAAUAUCAGCAUUAAACAAAUCGGGGGCUGCUAAAACGUAUUGAUCUCAUGAUCGCAAUACCUGCCAUUUUAUGCCAAGGUUAUACUAACAGCUUCCUACACAUGGUCAUCGCAUCCCAGUUACGUAGAUUGAUGCUCAUGAUAUUGAUCACUGGAUUGUCUGGUCCAGACUCGAUGUUUUACAGACAUCUGCCAUAUAGCUGGAAUCUUGCUGAGUGCGGCGUAAAACAACAAACCAACCAACUAACAGCUUCCUGCUAUUGACACAUCGCCUAAAACGAACUAAACAUGGUGUACAAUCAUAGCAUUCGACCUCAAACGGGAUGGAAUUCGCACAUAACUUCUGAGGUACGAUUCUCCUUUUCCCGAACGUGUGGAAAUCAUGUUGUGGCAUUGUUCUAUUUUGUACUUCAAACCAUGCAUGAAAUGUUCAUCAAACACGGUUGAAUAAUUACACAUGCAAUAUAUAUAAUUGCAUGUGGUAGACACAGAACUCCGAUUACCAGCGCUGCUCUUCCCCAAA